CGUUUCCACUCCGAUGAAUUUAACUUCCAUUUCUCACUCUGCUGUGUGGAGACACUCCUCGGUGGAGAACUCAUUUCUGGAUUGAUGAGUGGAUCUUGACCAGACGUACACUAUAUCUUCUCCACUCCUGAAACCUUGCAGUAGUCUGUGAGCAAGAGCCUCUGGAGUCAGGACAGGAAGCAGCUAGAGGAGCACAGCAAUGGAUUUUUCAUCACAGGGGAGCAUACACGAGGAGGUGAUCUGCCGCAUCUGCCAUCAGCUACUGACAGAGCCCCUGAGUCUGAACUGUGGCCACAACUUCUGCCAAGCCUGCAUCUCUGCCAAUGAGUCAGAGAGCUUCUUUGGAGGGCAAUGCCGCUGUCCUGUGUGCCAGAGCCCAUAUGACCCUUGGAACCUCCUGCCUAAUCAGCAGUUGACCGACAGAGUGAAGAAAAUCAGAGAAGCCAACAUGUCAUCCCACCAGCAGCAGAGGAGAGAUCUCUGUGAGCACCAUGGGGAAAAUUGCCAUCUCUUCUGUAAGGAGGAUGGGAAGGCCAUUUGCAGCUUUUGUGUCCAGGAGCAGCACCAAGGCCACCAAAUAUAUAGCGUGGAGGAGGUGGUCAAGGAAUGUCAGGAGAAAUUCCAGGUGGCUGUGUACAGGCUGACACAGGAGCAGCAGGAAGCUGAGAAGUUGGAAGGUGUCAUCAAUGAAGAGAGAGAUACCUGGAAGAAUUGUAUGCAGACUGAAAGAGAGAGGAUUCUAAAGGGGUUCGAAGAAAUGAGAGGCAUCCUGGACAGAGAAGAGAAAAGGGAGCUGCAAAAGCUGGAUGACAACGAAGUGCAUGUGCUGGAUAACUUGGCAGUGGCUAAAGACCAGAUGGCUCAGCAGAGCCAGUACAUGAGAGAGCUCAUCUCAGAUCUCCAACGUCAUAUGUGUGAAGCAUCAGUGGACACGCUGCAGGACAUAAUUAACGUCAUAAGAAGGAGCGAGGUCUGGACCUUGAAGAAGCCAAAAAUUGUUUCCAAGAAACUGAGUACAUUCCGAUUUCCAGAUCUGAAUGGGAUGCUGAAAGCGUUUAAAGAGCUGGCGGAAGCCCAAAGCCACUGGGUGGACUUGACGCUGAAUCCAUUCAAUGAUCUAUCGAAUGUUGUCGUUUCUGAGGAUCACAGACAAGUGACUAUUGGGAGUGAUUUUAUGUUUCGGAAUGUAUACCCACGUAACUUUUUUGCUUUUGAUGUACAGAGCAGUCAAAAUUUCUCUUCAGGGAAAUAUUACUGGGAAGUUGAUGUGUCUGGGAAAGUUGCCUGGAUUCUGGGGGUAUACAGUAAAACAAGCAAUCUCAAUAGAAAUAAAAGCUCUGGGUUUGUUUUUACCCCAAAACCAAAUUAUUCAAAUGCUUACUCCAGAUUCAGACCUGAAAAUGGCUACUGGGUUGUAGGGUUACAGAAUCAAUCUGAGUACAAUGCCUUUGAGGACUCUUCCACCACUGAUCCCAAUAUCUUGACUCUUUUCAUCGCUGUUCCUCCUCAUCGAGUUGGCAUUUUCCUAGACCAGGAAGCAAGCACUGUCACGUUUUUUAAUGUCACAAAUCAUGGGUCACUUAUCUACAAAUUCUCUAAAUGUCACUUUUCUCAGACUGUUUAUCCCUAUUUCAAUCCUUGGAAUUGCCCAGUUCCCAUUACUCUGUGCCCACCGAGCUCCUGAACAUACUCUCCUUCCCUCACCCAAUUCUGUGUAGUGACCCUUGUCUUGGGCUCAUCUCCUGCAUCUGAGCUCACUGCUCCAUUCAGAACUUCUCUUCCUUGCUGUUUUCCUUCUGUAGAACAUUUAUUAAUUCUGAGGUUAGAAGAGAAGCUUAUUUACUCACCCUUUUCUAUAUUAUUAGCAAAAGGUAUGUAAAUCCUCCUAUCAACAGAAAAGUAUAAUUUCUCUACCCUCCUAUUUUUCCACAUUUUCCUUUAACCCUAACUUGAAGAGAUAAUAACCAUGACCUUAGGACAAUCCAUAAUCAUCCCACAACUAAGUGGUAUUUGAGUGUACAUCUAUUUGUUGCCCAACAUACAGCAGGUUGUCCAGAGAGGUUGUGUGUAUGUGUGUGUGGGGGGGGGGAGGUGGGGGGGCAAAUGUAAUAUAUGUACCCAGAGUAAACAUUUUAUGUUCAGGUGUUUGAGUUUAAAUCCUGUCUCUUCUCUUACAAGGUGUGUAACGAUGGAUUAUAUUUUUGUUUCUUCUUAUAAAAUAAAAAUUGGUUUAUAAAUUGCA